AUUUUUUUGUGUACUGUAUUUGUGUAAUAAAUAUACAAAAAAAAAAGUUUAUAUAAAAAUGCAAUCAGUCUCGCAGGUCGUUAAAACAAGUCUGCCAAAUUAUUUGUCCAGCUUGCCGAUACCCAACACUUUUGGCGGCUGGUUUCAGUUAUCAUUUAAGGAUUGGCUAGCACUCAUUCCACCCACCGCUGUCGUUGUCGGCAUCGGCUAUGUCUCGUACCGUGCCUUCUGUCCCAAGGCGCACGCAAAGUGCAAAUCCGGCAGCGGUCACUGCAAUGAUCACAUACGCAAACAUGAGGCUAAAGUCGUGGACAUGAUUGACAUUGAGAACAUUGCGGACAAGGCCGCCUUCUGCCGCUGCUGGAAGACCAAGAACUGGCCCUACUGCGAUGGCAGCCAUGCCGCUCACAACAAGGACACGGGCGACAAUGUCGGACCGAUUGUGUUCAAAAAGUAAAAACGAGUGCCUGGCUCCUGUGAUGGUCCAUCGCAUUGUCAGUUCGAUGAGCGACGCGUUUUUUUUCUAGCAUUUCCUUGUUGAUAUUCAUGUAGAGCUGCAGCUAAUUUGCAAUCGUAAAUUGUUUAAAUUCUAUAAUUUUGUUCAACCUAUGCGUACUGUAAGCAAUAAUUGAUCGCAUUAACUCAAAAGAAGCCAAUAAAGAUUGCCUGAAUGAAUCAAAUUCAUAAAACACA